AUGUACCCAUCACAGACCUCUUCGACAACGAGGUUCAAAACCGAUUUCCCGUUCGUUGUCCAUGGAUCACAUUCAAGCCGUCGGAGCAUGAUCCUACCACAGCAACCGCUCAUGUGCCAACGUUCACGACAGCAGAAUUCAUCAUUCUCACGAAAAGAAAGAUUCAACAAAGUGGUUACAGACGUAACGAACUCUGUCUGCCGAGUGAACAACGCAAUAGCAAAGGGCUGCUGUGAAUGUCCACAAGGAGCGGGAUCGAAAAUUGUAUGCAGUUCCGAAGGACAUCCCACAAUGGCUUCGAUACGUUGUGACGGCACAUACUUUACUGUUCCGUGUAGUCCAGGAGUGGAAUCUACUCUACGAUUGAUGCACACACUCGCAAGGCUGAGGAAAAUUUGCGACGUCAACUGCGGAUCAACCACUACGACUUUUAAAUCACUGGAAUACUACAUUGGACAAGAACGAUUCAUGGAUUCGGCAUUGGACAAGAACGAUUCGAUUCAAGAAAAUCCUUGCAGGUGA